UCUAGUGACAACCGUUUAGACGGGGGGAUAUUUGACGUCACUAGAUAACUAGGCUGGCUAGCUAGCGUGCUAAUUUUUGUGAAUUUUAUCCAGAAUAUUUUCCUGUGUGGAGCUACAGAUUUCCACAGUAUGAGCAACGUUGUUUUUUCGGCUACACGGGGGAUCAGCUCCGGCGGACCUGAUAAGGUCGACAUGUCUUUAGAUGAUAUAAUUCGUUUGAACAAGAAAGAGCAACAAGCAAGAAGACCGGGCCCGGGGAAUCGCAGGCCACUACAGAAGGGGAAGGUCUUUGUCCAAGGGAAGCCAGUUGGAGCGAGGGCCAGGGGACAGACUCAAAGACGAGGUGGUGUACCAAGAGGUGCGAUAACGAGAGCGGGUUUUGGAAGAGGCCGAAAGAUUCCCCCUCCAGUUGGUCGCCGCUGGGGUCAAGGGGUUAUCACUGGACUGGCAGCCCGGAAGACUGCAGCACUACAGAAAGGCAUCAGUCCGCUCAACCGACCUGCUAUCAACCGGAAGUUACAGCGCUUCAACAACCGAUCACGGCCCUUCAACAACCAAUCACGGCCUUUUAUCCAACCAGCCCAAUACAGACAGGUGCAAGGCCAAAGGAGGCGCUACAGACAGACAGACGUACAGAGACGCCUCGACUCGACAAGACCCUUUCAGCAGCGGAGACGGCCCUUGCCCCCUGUCCAAACCCAGAGAGAAGCCCGCCAGGCCACGUUUCUCUCCCGCAGGGUUCUCAAGGUCCCGAAGCCGUCUUUAACCUCUAUAUCCCCUGCCCCAGUUAGAACCCGCCAGUGGCGCACGUCAACAACCAGCAGUGGGAUCCUGACUGUUUCCAUCGACAACCCCACUGCCAUGACACAGUCUGAGCCUCCCUGUGCUUGGUCCCUGCACCCCUCGGCCCCCACCAGCUCUGCCCCAGUCAAGAUGAAGGUGGAAGUGGAGAAGAAAACGGAACCACCUAAAGGAGUCCCCUUGCAGUUUGACAUCAACAGUGUGGGGAAACCGACUGCGAUGACUUUGAAUGAGCGAUUCAGCAUCCUGAAAGACGAGCGGACCAGCAAAGGCAGCCGAUUCAUCACUGUGGGUUAAGACAAUGACGCAAAGGAGAAGGGGGAUCCCCAAAACCUUUGUGUCCCAGACAGACACACACACAGACACUGAUCCCCACCUAUCUGAUGAUAUA